AGUCCGCAUCAAAUAAUGGAAAUCCUGCAUACACGGUUCAGUUCUUGGACACCAAUUGAAAACAAAUCACUUAACAAUCAGCUUUAUCAGGAAAGAAUCAACUUGUAAGCCACUGGUUGUGACUUGUAGACAGACAAACAACGCAAGCAAUUUCUCUCUUGAUAUUGAACCAGUGCAAUACCGUCACAGCUGAAGUUCUCUGCCUGGUUGUUGGAUGGAAAUAUCCCACUGACUCAUGUUGAUUUCACCACUCUGCUGCCGCGUUUCAUAUCUCUCUAUAUAUUCUCCUUUCUCAGUCCAAGGGAACUUUGUGCUGCAGCCCAUCAUUGGCACUGGAAAUUUUUAACUGAACAGGACUGUCUGUGGAUGCCAAAAUGCCUUAGGUUAGGAUGGUUUCUUCCAUAUGUUCCUGAAAAGAAUGAAUAUGGCGCUUGGAAGCGAUACUAUAUUGCCUGUGCAACCAGCCUGGAAUAUUUAACUCCUAGGAGAAUUGCAUACCACAGCACCACUAGUGACCUCAAAACAAAAAUUGAAGAGCAAGAGGAAAGAUGGCAAGCAAAAUGUCUUACGAAAUUUAUUCGAGGAGAACUGGCAGUAUGCAAAAAGGAAUUAUUCAAAGCUCGUCCACCUUGGAUAAGUGGAACCCGGAGCUCAGGAUUUUACAAGUCUGGAUUUCCACCAGAUUUAUCCCAAUCUGUCUAUGACAAGGCUAAAUUAUCAGCCAAAUUAUUAAUGAAGAUUUUGUCAGCCUGUUUCCCAAGGGUACCCAAUGGGAUGCAUUCACUCCAUCCACACCUGGUCUUAAUAUCCUCCCACCUUCCUGCAUAUGAGAUGGUUGUGGACAGUGUAAAGCUUGGCGUGGUUCUGGUAGUGUAUGAACAUACUGGGACCACACUGGAAAGCCUUAUUCAUUCAGUAGAAAGGGCCUUGGAUGGCCAAAUAGCAAAGAGUAUUGGGAUAAUUAGUGAUGGCGAUUCCAGAGAGAUUAACUUGCUUCAAGGUUACAAAAUCAAUGCCCCAAAUCUUCUUAAACCUGAGGUGAGAGAGUUUUGGAAGCGCUUAAAAAGUUGCAUUAUCUCACCAGAAGAAGGUGGAAGCAUAGACCUCUUUGUUCCUCUGGCAGCUUCAGAGGCAGGAAAAGAGAUCCUUUCACAGCUGACUCAUCUAACUGGAGCAUUCUUCAGGACUCCCACAGGAAUAGCUACCGGGUCUUAUCAACACAGUAGUCUCAGUGAAUGGCUGGGACAUCAGAAAGAAACCUCUCCGUUUCUCUAUCUCACUGGUAAACUGCAAAUAUGGCUCAGAUUCACCGAGCUGCUGGAAGAGGCACUGGAUGUUGUCAGGCAAAAAGCUGAAUCCAUUUUUUUUGAUUUGCAAAAGAACAUGGCUGGCAAAAUUCUUGGUCAAAUUAUGUUUAAUACUAUGAGUUGGUCCAAUAUUCAAGACAAUGAAGGAAUAAUCCAGAUUUUGGCUAAUGGAUUAGUGAACUCUCAAGAAGGAAACCAUGAAAAACCCCUGGAAUUUCUAUCAUCUUUCCUCAUGAAGAAAUGUAAGAAUGGAGAACUUGGAGACCAGGAUCUCUUGACCAAGGGCACUUCAGAAUCAGGAUUUGAUGUGCUACUUAAGAUAGAUGAACCUCAAGAUGUGAUAGAGAAGCGCCAAAGCUUUGCCAGAGAACUUCUCUUGAGUGAGGAAAACUACGUGCACAUUCUGGAAAUUGUGAAAGAUGUCUAUGUUAAACCAUUAAAAGCAGCAUUGGCAUCCCAUCAGGCCAUCUUAAGUGAUAUAAGUAUUCCACUCAUCUUUUCUGAUGUCUUGGACAUUUUACAAGUAAACAGGUGUUUUUUAGCUGAGUUAACACGAAGGCUUAAUGCAUGGAGCCCUGCCCAAAACGUAGGAGACAUAUUCAUUAAGUUGGGCCAGCAGUUUCAAACCUAUGCAAAUUUUUUCAACAACUAUGCAGUGAUUCUGAAAACUAUCGAUAAGUGCCGAGAAACUAUUCCAGUAUUCCGUGCUUUCUUGAAGACACAUGAUCGGACUGUGGUUACCACCAUGAGAAGCUUACAAGAACUUCUGCUCUGCCCUGCUAAGUACAAAGAAUACAUCACUCUCCUCUGUGCUCUUAGACUUCACACUCCUCAAGAACACACUGACCACGAAGACUUGGCCACUGCAAUUAAACAAAUGAAACAACUCAGUGCUUACAUAGACCAGUUGAAACUGAAUGUGGACAGAAAUGAUCAGCUGUUAAGUGUGCAACAAUGCAUCCAAGGAGGUCCUCAGUUACUGAAAGCCAGUAGAUACCUAAUUAUGGUGCAAGAUGUGGCCCAGCUAAAUUGUUCUCAGAGAAUGAAUUUGCCAUUCAGGUUGUAUGAGCAUACCCACGAUCUUAGGCUUUUCCUGUUCAAUGACAUCCGUAUUUCACAAUGCAACAUCUCCUAUAAGCCCUUUGAACGAAUUCCCAAGGUCACGUACCAGUUUUUGACUACAAUCAUGCUCCAUCAGCUCCAGAUUGAAGACAUUCCAGAUUCUAAAUAUAUCAAGAAUGCUUUACUUUUACAAGGGCCCAAGCAGCAAUGGAUUUGUUCUACAGAUGAAGACAAGUUUGGAUGGUUUUCUGCAUUACAAAAAGCAAUCCACUGUAGUAUCAGUGAGCAUGUAAACUGAAUAAGGUAAUCCUCAUUUAGUGACUGCAGUUGGGAUGGAGAACUCAUCAUUAAGAGCCAAGGUGGCGCAGUGGUUAAAUGCAGCACUGCAGGCUACUGCUAGAU